AGCAGAUGGCAGUGACAGUCCAUUCGUCGGCAGGAGCAGGAAGAGAGAAGGAACUGGGCAUUGGAAAAUCGGCGAGGCAUUGCUAAACGCUCUGGAACAAAAUGUGACCCAAGACGAUGGAGUUCCUGAGGCAGGGACUAAGAACAUGAAACAGAUCGACACCACACGAUGGCUUCCAAUCUAAGAAGGCCACUUUGUUAGACCUUUCAAGUGCGUUUCUGAACACGAAGCAGUGAUGAUAGCAGAGCCAGAAUUAUCCAGCAAAGCCUCCCCCCAAAAAGAGAAUGAGAGCCACUUGGACCCUGACAAUGAUCUAGAAAAUCAGAGGAGAGGAAGCGGAGGUUCCAUAUCAUCUUGGAAAAGGAGAAGGAGGAGCCAGUCUGAGAAAAGCAGAAGGAGAGUGUCAGUGUGUUCCCGCCAGGACCGCAGGAAUGGACACAGGCAGAGGAGUGAUGACAUUGAGGCUGUCACACUGUUUGAGGUGGUCAGGAUGGGAAAGAGCGCAAUGCAGUCUGUUGUUAAUGACUGGAUUGAAGAGUAUAAACAAGACAGAGGUACCGCACUCCUGGAUCUCAUCAUCUUUUUCAUUCAGUGUUCAGGAUGCAAAGGGAUGGUUACAGCUGAGGUCUUUCAAAAUAUGCACAGCCCUGACAUUAGGAGAAAAAUGACUGAGGAAUUUGAUGAGGCGACAGGCUUACAAUACAAGAAGUUCAUGGUCUACCCCUGGAUCUUGAAUGUUACCUGGCCGUUGGACCUGGACAGUGGAGAUUACCCUCUUACGAUGUCAGGGCCCUAUUGGAAGAAAUUCAAGUCCAAUUUCUGUGAGUUUCUCUCUCUGCUGAUUCAGCAUUGCCAGUACACCAUCAUACAUGAUGAAUACCUAAUGGAUACAGUGAUCUCCCUGUUGACUGGGCUCUCAGACUCCCAUGUGCGAGCCUUCCGGCACACCAGCACACUUGCAGCUAUGAAACUCAUGACAGCCUUAAUCAACGUGACUCUGAGUUUGAGAGUCCAGUUGCAAAAUUCUCAGCGACAGUGUGAAGUUGAGAUGUUUGACAAAAGACCCAGUAGGAGGCUGGAAACAUUCUUGCAGAAAAAAAACGAGAUUAUAGAAAAGCUGGAAAACAUCGAAAAUCUGAUGAAUGCAAUUUUCAAAGGAAUCUUCCUUCACAGAUACCGUGAUGCAUUACCUGAGAUCAGAGCUAUUUGUAUUGAAGAAAUAGGAAUCUGGAUGAAAAGCUGCAGUGAUCGCUUCCUGACUGACAGCUACUUGAAAUAUGUAGGAUGGACUUUGCAUGAUAAACAAAGUGACGUGAGAUUGAAAUGCCUGAUUGGUUUGCUGGGCCUGUACUCUGACAAAGAGCUUUGUUCAAAGAUGGAUCUUUUUACCUGUCGAUUCAAGGAUAGAAUAAUAUCAAUGACACUGGACAAAGAAAGUGAGGUGGCUGUCCAAGCAAUCAAGGUGUUAACUCUCAUGCUGCAGAACUGUGAGGAAUUUUUAACUUCGCAUGACUGUGAACAAUUAUAUCAGUUGGUUUAUUCAGCACAAAGGCCUGUGGCUUUGGCAGCUGGUGAAUUCUUGCACAAAAAGUUGUUUUGCAGUCAUGAGUCAGAAGUACAAGAUGAAGUACCUGAGAGAAAGGAAAAACCCAUCUGUAAUCUCAGCCAUUUGUUAACACUUGUUAACUUCUAUCAGGAAAGUGAGGGGAAUGCACAGUCGGCCUACCUUGUUGACAGUCUCUGGGAUUGUUCGGCAUUCAUCCUGAAAGACUGGGAGUCCAUGACGGCUUUAUUAUUGGAAGAUGAAGACUCUGGAAAGGAAACUUUGACCAGCUCACAGAAGAAAGCGCUGGUUGAAAUUAUGUUGAGCACCAUACGACAGGCUGCAGAAGGCCAUCCACCUGGAGGUCGAUGUUUAGGAAAGAAGGUUCAAAUGAUGAAAGAGAGAAAAUCACAGAUCGACGAUCGGGUCAAGCUCACCGAACAUUUCUUUGUGGUACUUCCACAGCUCUUAGCUAAGUAUUCUGCUGAUAGAGAGAAAGUCAUUACAGUCAACCUUCUGCAAAUACCUCAGUUCUUGGACCUGGAGGGUUACGGAACCACACAGCUAGAAAAGCAUCUGGAUACCUUACUGAAGCAGUUAAGGGAAAUUGUGGAGGAACAGACGGAUUCUGAAGUCUUGGAGUUCUGUUCGAAGACGUACCUUGUCCUCAGUAAUGAAGAAUGGGCUACUCAGGACCAAGUAGAUUCUGCAAAGCAUCAACUGUUUGAUCAGCUGGUGACCAGGUUCAACAGGAUGCUGACAGACUUCCUCCAUAAGGGGGGCCAAUUUGGUGACACAGAAUCUUACCAGAUGUGGUGUGCUUUGAAAAGAAUCACAACCUUCCACAAUGCUCAUGAUAUAACUCAAUGGAACCUGUUAAACAGCACCUGUAAACUGCUGAAGAGAGCCUUGGAGAAUGGAAACGUACCUGACCAGAUUAUCGUUCAGGCAAUCCUCUGCAGUUACUACUAUGUCAUGUGGCAGCUGUCAAAAGUGUCUGAAGGCAACACCUCCAAGGCCAUGAAGGUGUCGCUGAGGAAGCAGAUGAGGGGUUUCUGCCACAUUUGCAGACAGUUUCUAAAUAACCCCAGCAGCACCGUCAAAGAGCAGGCCUUCGUCAUUCUGUGUGAUCUCCUGUUGGUUUUCAGCCACGAGGAACCACCCAGUGGCUCUGAAAUGGUCGAGCCAUUUGCGUACAUCCCAGAGCUGUCCUUGCAGACCGAGCUUGUGACCUUCGUCCUGGAUCAUGUUUUUACAGCCCAAGACAACGAACACCCUGACAAUGAUGAGGAAUGCAAAGUGGGUAGACUGCACAAGAGGAGAAAUCUCCUGGCUGCUUUCUGUAAACUGAUUGUGUUCAGUGUGGCGGAGAUGGACAUUGCUGCUGACAUCUUCAAACAGUACAUCAAGUAUUACAUUGACUAUGGAGACAUCAUUAAGGAAACACUCAGCAGGACCAGGCAGAUUGAUAGAAUUCAGUGUGCAAAGACCUUAAUUCAGAGCUUGAAGCAGCUGUUUAAUGAGCUGUUGCAAGGCCAGGGUUCCAGUUUGGACAGAUGGUCCCAGCCAUUCACCAGCAUCAAGGACUUGGCCCGACGUUUCUCGCUGACCUUUGGUUUGGAUCAGUUGAAAACAAGGGAAGCGAUGGCAAUGCUGCACAAGAAUGGUAUCGAGUUUGCCUUCAAAGAUGACAGUACCAACAGCAAGGGGCAGCCUCCUCCGAACAUGGCUUUUCUGGACAUCUUGAGCGAGUUUUCCCCCAAACUGUUGAAAACAGACAAAAGAACUGUAUACAAUUACCUGGAGAGAUUUGUAACAGACCAGAUGGCAGCAGAGAAUGGAGAGGAGUGGCUUCCACUGAUUUUGUACAGAAGGUCUUUGUUGGAUUGUAGAGAUGAUGACACUGUAUCCACAAGCAGCAGUGACCAGAGUGCGAUGUCUCCAGUACAGCCACAAUUCAAACCAUCAUCUCUAAAAAGGAGGCUGCAAACUGAGGACAGUAAUGGUCAUGCAGGACUGAAUGAGGAGAUCUCACCUCAUUCCCUGAUGGGACCGCGAGAAGAUGGGAAGCAAAGGGACAGCCGUACAAAGGAUCAUUCGGUGGAAACGGUUAGGAUGCAGUCACUUAGCAGUGAGUAUGGGACCACAACAUUGGGGAACACAGAUGAACUGGAAGAAGGUGUUACUGCAAAAUUAGCCGAGGGUGACCUUGAUGACUUGAAUGAAAUAUUGGAUAUCGACAAUGAUUGAGACAAACUUGGAUCCAAUCACAUGAAUUAUUUCAAGGCAUUGGGAGACUUUCUGCACAGAUCCUUCUCAUCACAAGAUUUCAGAGUAUUUUGUAAGCCGUUCCAAGAACAUAAAAUAAAAACAAUACAAGCCAGUAUCCAGGAAGAAAACAAAAGAAGCUUACUACUCAGUGCCAGCUGAAAAGUAUGAAGAACACACCCUUCCUGGCCAAUGCUAAUUUUUUUUUGAGGACUUAAUUUUCUGCAGCUUGUGGAACAAGGAGUAUUUUCCCCCCCCUCAAGAACAAGUUUGACAAAUAUCUUGAUGCAUUACAUAACAAGAAGAGAAAAUGCUGGGAAUAUUCAACAGGUCAGACAACAUCUGCGAAGAGAGAGAAAGAGUUAAGUCUUCAGAUCAAUGAUCCACUCUCUGAAUAGAACAUCCUCAUUUUCCUACUGGAUACAUACAAUGUGUAGCAGACUAUUGAAUUAUCCAGACCAGGCUAGUUUUGGGAUUGAUCCCUGGUCUGUUCUGAGUUACUGGAUCACAACAGCGUGUAAGCAACAGCCAGCACUCAUUACUCAUUCUCCAGUAUUAUGUAUGAACAAUGGUGACUUGAGUCAAGAAAUGGAGGACCAAACUCAAAAAGUCAUAUUUCCUAACAUUUGAGGGUAGUGAAAAAGGGAACUAUCGUUUGCAAUUCACUGAAAUGUUGAAGCCUAGUUAAGUAUUUUAUUAAGAGUUUACAAAUCACAAACUCAAGCUGUGGGGGAAAAUGUGAUCAAACUCACUCCAAAUGCUGGCAGAUGAUAUUAAAAUUACAACUGCCUGAUUUCUAUGAGCUAUAUAUUUUUAACACAAGUCUAGUAGGGCAACUAUAAUGAAACAUGUUAGUAUGUGCUCCAGGAUUUAUCAAUCAACUCGAUGAAUAUUACACACUGAUUAGAAAAUACAUGGCGUAGUGUCAUGUUCCAAUAUCUGAGCCUGGAGGCCCGGACUCAAAUCCCACCUGCUCCAGAGAUGUGGAGUGUCAUUGGGUCAUAGAGAUGUACAGCACAGAAAGAGGCCAUUUGGUUCAACUCAUCCAUGCUGAUAGAAUAUUCAAAAUUAAUCCAGUCCCCUUUACCAGCAUUCUGACAUUUCCCUUGAAACCCUUCCUCUUCAUAUACCCAUCCAGCUGCCUUUUAAAUGUUGUAGUUGUACCCACCUUCACCACUUAAUCUGGCAGCUCUUACCGUACACAUACCACCCUGUGAAAAAGGUGCCCCUUAAGUCCCUAUUAAAUAGUUCCCCUCUCACCUUAAAGCUGUGCUGUCUGAUUUUUGGGCUCCCUUACCCUGGGGAAAAGACCUGACCACGCACCGUAUCCAUGACCCCUCACAAUUUUAUAAGCCUCUAUAAAGAUUACCGCUCAGCCUCCGACAUUCCAGGGAAAACAGCUCCAGCCUAUUCAGCCUCUCCCUGUAGCUCAAACACUAAUCCUGCCAACACACAUCCUUGUAAAUCUUUUCUGAACCCUUUCAAGUUUCAUAGCAUCUUCCCUAAUGCAGGGAGACCAGAACUGAAUGCAGUAUUCGAAAAGUGGCCUAGCCAAUGUCCUGUAUAGCCACAACAUGACCUCUCACCUCCUAUAUUCAUGCACUGACCAAUAAUGGCAAGUUUACUAAAUACCCUCUUCAUUAUCUCUACCUGUGACUCUGCUGUCAAGGCAAUAUAAACCUGUACCCCAAGAUCUUUUUGUUUGGCAAUACUCCCAAGGACCUUACCAUUAAGUGUAUAUGUCCUGCCCUGAUGUGCCCAACCAAAAUGCAGCACCUCACAUUUACCUAAAUUAAGUUCCAUCUGCCACUUCUUGACCCAACUACCCAUCCGAUCAAGAUCCCAUUAUACUCGGAGGUAACCCUCAACACCACCAACUUUGGUGUCACCUGCAAACUUACUAAUCAUUCCUUCAAAUAUUCACAUCCAAAUCAUUUAUUUGAAUGGCAAAAAGUAGCAGACCUAAGCACUGAUCCUUGUGGCAUAAUGCUGGUUACAGGCCUGCAGUCUGAAAAGUAACCUUCCACCACCACCCUUUGUCUUCCACCUUCGAGACAGUUCUGUAUCCAAAUGGCUAGUUCUCCCUGUAUUCCAUGUGAUCUAACCUUGGAAACCAGUCUACCAUGCAGAACCUUGCUAUGCCCCUUACUGCUGUCCAUAUAGACAGUUCUGUCUUCAAUCCUCUUUGUCACUUCAAAAAUUUCAAUCAAGUUAGUGAGACGCGAUUUCCCACGCACGAAGCUAUGUUGACUAUUCCUAAUCAGUCCUUUACUUUUCAAGGACAUGUAAAUCCUUUCCCUCAGAAUCAGUAACAUGGUUAAAAAUACCUGUAAAAUACAAAGGCUGCCCUGUCACCAUUGUUUCAAACCUGGGAUUUGCUAAUGCCCUGUCCCCUAAUUCUUCAGAAUCUCUCGGUCUGUGGAAAACAGGUUUCCCCUAAACUUGGGGUCGGUACCACAAGGGGAUUGUGAGCUGAAACUUUCAGGGAGGCACAAGGGCCACAUGGAGCUCUGAUAGUAGUUACGUUUCCCUACUAACAGCAAUGUCAUCACAGGCACAGGAUCAGCCCCCCUCGCUUUUGCAUGUCUUCCUGUCCUGCUCAGAGUUCUCACGAGGUUUAUGGGGAUUUUUAAUUUUCAAGAUGGGAUCUUGGCAUUGACAAAGCUUGAGAAACACUGGAAAAGGAGAAAUAGACAGUUAGUAUGAGCUGAGAGAGAAAGGAAGGUGGUCAAACUAAAGUGGGACAAUAGGAAGAUUGCUACAAAGAAAAUGAAGCCGUAAAGAGCAAAAAGCAGAGAUGAGAAAUCGCACAAAAAGGAAAAACUUGGAAAGAUAAUGGAUUGACAGAGUGCAAUGUACCCUAGGAGGGUGGAGAGGUGGCUCAGUGCUUAGCUAGCAGCCUUGGGUGACAUUCCGUGUCUGUGUGGGUUUCUUCUGAUGCUGUGGUUUCCUCCUACAGUCCAGAGAUGUGCAGGCUCGGUGGAGUAGCCAAGAUAUUGCAGGGUUAUAGGGAUGGGGUGGUGGGCUGGGUUUGGAUGGGAUAUUUUCUGCAGGAUUGGAGGAGACCCUCUGGGUUGAAUGAUCACUUCCUUGCAACGUGUCCUGAAGAGUGAAAGCUGACAAAAUCUGUGCCACCAAACCAUUGAAACAAUUAUGAAGUUCUACGGGAUGAUAAUCACAUUGAUCUAUCAGCAGCAACCUAAGUAGUUUAUGACAGCAAUUAGCCCAGUUGACAGUACAAAGUCCUCCUCACUAACAUGUGCAACUGAAGUUGGGAAAGCAGUUCUAGAAGUGACAACCUGUUUUAUGUAAAAUCCCCAUCAUAUCUUCCAUGCAAAAUCCCUGAUUUUUCCCCAUUACCAUGGAUAUCCUGUUUCAAUAGCAGGAUAUCGUGAUGUAGUAAUCAAUCAGAUGAGAUUCAUUCUAGUAGUUCACAAUAUUGACAAUCAUCUCCCUGCACACUCAGGUCAACUAAGAUCACAGCAAUCAGUUGACCUAGUCUCUUACUGAUCACCCUGUAUUCCCCUCUUAUGCUGUUAGUGAAUGAAUCACUAACCAUCUACUGUUGAACAUCACAUGAAGUCACGACCAGACCACAAAGUGCAAGUCUCUCUUCGUUGUUCGGAUGCAUUAUUAGAGUCAAAUUAGUUUGUAAUUCAUACCCUUGUUUAUCAUAGGGAAAAGUGGCUGCCGUUUUAAAAUUCAUCAGCCAUAAUGCAAAAUGCUUCAGUGCGGAACUGGAAUAGGAAACUUUAAAGAUGUAGGCCAGGUAGACACUGGAACCAACCACUUUCAAGUCAAAAUAUUUUAAACAAAGCAUUUUGGAGAUGCUUUCUGAAAUGAGAGUGUGCACAAAUAGUCACCACCCCAUUGCUGUAAAUUAAGCCCAUCAGAUGUCUGGAGCCCUCAAAUAGCUUUUGGUUACAGCAUGCGAAAUUCCAUUUUGGAACAUACCCAAAUACCCAAAUGCAGCAGGGUAAAAUGAUCGAAAUCCUCACUUGAAUUACCAGACCAAUAUUUAAGAAAUAUAAUUUCAGCUCAGACGUUAGGAACUGCAUUCUCUUUUGUUUAGAACGAAGUAAGCUUUUGCUAUAUUCAGCUUAGAUAGGUGUUACGUCUGACACGGGCCUGAGGCUAUUGUCCCCCGUAAAUUAGAAUAAAAUAGCCACACCACUGCCUCAAGCAGCGCAUUAAACAUCUCCCCUGCCUCCUCAUUAACAGCACAAUUGCUGGCCUCAUUAUUGGAAACUGUGGGGUGACUGGGAGGUGGAAAGUGGGCAGAUUUUGACACAUUAUUUACAUACAACACAGAUCUGUGAGGAUGCACAGACAACAGCAUCAAUCCUGAUAAAAUAUCAUCGCUCUGGAUCUGUAGAUUUAGAGAAUAACAAUAUAGAAGCAGGAUCAAAAUUAAUUUGUGUGGACAGAGGCAAAAUGAAGUCUUCCUCAAACUUUGCUUCAAAAUAGAAGAUGGGCUUGAAAGAUUAACAAAUUCAAUGUGGGCUUAAUCUCAAGAGAGGAGACAGAAUGAAAAGUUUAGACUAAACUAAGUUUACAAUAAUAAUGGGACAGUGACUAUUUGGGAGAAACUGUGAAGCAUUGUCAACAAAUCCAAGAGAGAUCCAAACUGAUUAAAAAAAGUGAUCAAGGGGAAUGCAUAUUCGAUCAAAUGAAAAUUUUGGGUCCAUUCAGUUAGAUUGUAACGAUUGCUCCUGGCCUUGCACAAGCCCAAUCUGUGGACAUUAUCUAUAUUUCACUUUUUAUAUAGUCAAACUGAUACCCAUAAAGUCCUGUUAAAAGGUCAGAAAUGCUUUACAAUGGUAGGUAUGUAGUGAUUCCACAAAGUUAACAGAAGUGCACUGACUCGAUUAAGAGUUAAAAAAAGUCAAUACAAAUGUUUUGAUAAGUGUGUGAAAUACAAUGUUAUGUAAUGCAAACACCAAAAAUAUUUAGUGGAUUUGUUCUUCUGUAAAAAUGUAAUUUAUUUUUCCUAAAUCAAAUUAACUUUGCAAAGUACAAAUCUGGAGUCAUAACCUGACCUGGAUUGAGGUAGAAACUAGAUGUGGAGGGGCUACUCGCGCUAGUUUUGGUUUCAUGGGUGGAUGCCAUAUAAAUCUGGUGUGCUCUCAGACUAAUUUAAAAAGUUCUCAUGGGGUUCAUCACACUCCUGGAUAUUUUACAAGUCUGCCUAAUCAGAAAUAUCUGAGGACUGAUUUCUCUUUCUUUGCUCUCAGAAAACAGUCCAUCCUAGUUAUUUUAAACCAACAUGUACUCGCUCCUCAAUAGGACAUUUUAUAGUUCCAGUCAAGCAGAUUCAAAGAACUGUACACAGGGCAGAGUUGUCUGCAAUGAAAACUACAGAUUAAUCUAAGACACCUGUUUCCACUUCUAUGCUGACCAACAUACACACCAAAUUACACCAAUCCUAUUUACGUGCCCUUGGUCCACAGCCUAUAAUGCCCUGACAUUUUAAGCACUCACCAGAAACCACUUAAAUGUUGAGUGAUCUGCCUCCAUCACUGUCUCAGAACAUGUUCCAACCAUCUACCAUUCUCUGGGUGAAAAAACAAACUCCUCCACUUCCUCUGGUUAAACACUGAUUUACAAACAAGUCACAACUUCCUCAAACCCAACAUUUGGAAGACUAAAGCCUUCAUUGUCAGGGUCUCUCAUAAGCUCUUCUCUCCUGUAGUUAGGCCAAUACACAGUGCUGAGCCAACCCACAUACUGUGAAACCUUAACAUAGAACAUUACAGCAGAGUACAGGCCCUUUGGCCCUCGAUGUUGUGCCGACCUGUCAUACCGAUCUCAAGCCCAUCUAACCUACACUAUUCCAUGUACGUCCAUAUGUUUGUCCAAUGACGACUUAAAUGUACCUAAAGUUGGCGAAUCUACUACCGUUGCAGGCAAAGCGUUCCAUUGCCUUACCACUCUGAGUAAAGUAACUACCUCUGACAUCCGUCCUAUAUCUUUCACCCCUCAAUUUAAAGCUAUGCCCCCUCGUGCUUGCCAUCACCAUCCUAGGAAAAAGGCUCUCCCUAUCCAACCCUCUGAUUAUUUUAUAUGUUUCAGUUAAGUCAUCUCUCAACCUUCUCUCUAAUGAAAACAGCCUCAAGUCCCUCAGCCUUUCCUCAUAAGACCUUCCCUCCAUACCAGGCAACAUCCUAGUAAACCUCCUCUGCACCCUUUCCAAAGCUUCCACAUCCUUCUUAUAAAGCGGUGACCAGAACUGUACGCAAUACUCCCAAGUGCGGCCGCAUCAGAGUUUUGUACAGCUUCGCCAUAUCCUCUUGGUUCUGGAACUCGAUCCCUCUAUUAAUAAAAGCUAAAACACCAUAUGCCUUCUUAAUAGCCCUGUCAACCUGGAUGGCAACUUUCAAGGAUCUGUGUACAUGGACACCGAGAUCUCACUGCUCAUCUACACUGCUAAGAAUCUUACCAUUAGCCCAGUACUUUGCCUUCCAGUUACUCCUACCAAAGUGCAUCACCUCACACUUGUCUGCAUUAAACUCCAUUUGCCACCUCUCAGCCCAGCUCUGCAGCUUAUCUAUGUCUCUGCAACCUACAGCAUCCUUUGUCACUAUCCACAACUCCACCGACCUUAGUGUCGUCUGCAAGUUUACUAACCCACUUUAAAUUGUGCUUUAAAAAAAAUCUCACAUCCUCCUGAGACUUUCACUGCUUCUUUCCACAGAUGACAAUGCUAACCUUUGGUCUAAUUCAGGCCCAUUGCUCAUCUGUUCUUUUAUCAUUUACAGACUUUAAUACCAUUUCCCUUUAACCAAAAAGAAAGCAUUUAUGAUCAGAUUUCAAUUAAGAGACUAUUAUGUUAAUACCAAGUAGGCACACCAACUUUAUUCCUGUAGGUUGCAGGUCUUGCUCAGAGACUAGAGGAGGACAGUUCAAAGCUAACAUUGGUGUCAUUGGUCCAGUUUGAAUAUGAUGGAUAGUUUUUUUAAAAAAUAUACUUCUGCAGAAUUUUCCUGUAUGGAAGCAGCUAUUCUGUUCAAAAAAGGGUCUGCAGAAAUCAACUCUUUCAGGAUUUCAAAGCAGUGGCAAUAAUUAGGCUCACACAGCAGUAAGUCCAAGAAAGAUGUUAACUUUUAAAUCAAGCAUUAAUUUUUUUGUUGUGAUAUUAAUUUGCUCAAUCAAGUGUUGAUUGUAGGAUGACGACUGUCAAUAAAUAAUUUCCCUAUGACUGUUAA